AUGGCUUCCAACCACGAUGACACGACCGUUCAGGUCAACAAAGAAGAGCUCAGACGGGCUGGUGACUUGAUCGUCAUGCGCCUGAUGGAGGUGCAGUCUUACAUCGCCGAUUUGGGCAAGGCCUACGUCCAGCAUGUGAGCAACAUCACCGAAGGACGUGAUGCCAACAUUGAGCUCCCCCUCGGUCCCUCUGGAUUCAUGGGCCCGGACAUCCCCUUCCGCGCCGGCAGCCCCGGCGCCAAGUCUGAGGCUGGUGGCCCCAAGAAGCGCAAGCGCGCACCCGUUGACCCCAAUGCGCCCAAGCGUGCCUUGACCCCCUACUUCCUGUAUAUGCAGCACAACCGCAGCAAGAUCGCCGAUGACCUUGGCAAUGAUGCGCGUCCCAAGGAUGUCGCCGACGAGGGCACUCGCCGCUGGCAGAGCAUGGAAGAUACCCAGAAGGAGGUCUGGAAGAAGAUGUAUGCCGCCAACUACGACCAGUACAAGCGCGAUAUGGCAGCCUACAAGGCCGGUGGUAAGGCUGACGAGGAGCACGAUCCCGCCGCCAGCCAACUGCAGCAGGACUUUGCCGGUGCCGAGGUCGAGCCCGAGGCCGAAGCCGAGGCUGAGGCUGAGGCUGAGCCCGAGUCCGGCGAGGAGACCACCGACUCAUCCGACGAGUCGCAGUCCCCCUCUCCUGCGAAGGAAAAGACUCCCCCGCGCAGCACCACCAAGCGUCGCCGCAGCGACCCCAAGGCCAAGGAGGCUGAGACUCCUGCCAAGUCGCCUGUUAAGCGGAGCAGCCGCAAGGCUGCUGAGCCGGUAGUUUCUACACCUGCUGCCAAGACACCUGCUGAUAACAAGCGCAAGAGCAAGAAGCGCAAGAGCGAGCUUGACAAGCUCACCAUCGCCCAACUAGGAUUCUUGGCACAGCGUCGUCUAGCACGUGGAGUGCGGCUCAACCAUGCAGAAGCUGUGGCCCUGAUAGCCUCAGUGCUGCACGAGUUAAUCCGCGAUGGCCACUACUCCGUCGCCGAUCUAAUGUCCAUCGGCAAAACAAUGCUCGGCCGCCGCCAUGUCCUCCCCUCCGUACUCGCAACCCUCGUUGAGCUCCAGGUCGAGGGGACUUUCGUCUCCGGUACUUACUUGGUAACCGUGCACCACCCGAUCAGUAGCGACGAAGGCGAUCUCGAGCGCGCCCUGUAUGGAAGCUUCCUGCCUGUCCCCGCGCCCGAGGCAUUCCCAGACCCGGACCCAGAGGAUUUCACCCCCGAGAAAAUGCCUGGCGCAGUUAUUACUGUUAAGCAAGCGCGCGUGGAGCUAAGUCCUGGGAAGAGGCGUAUUAAGCUUAAGGUUAUGAGUAAAGGAGAUCGGCCAAUUCAGGUUGGAUCGCAUUACCAUUUCAUUGAGACGAACCCCCAGCUGCACUUCGAUCGCAUGCAGUCGUACGGUUUCCGACUGGAUAUCCCUGCGGGCACCUCGAUUAGAUUCGAGCCCGGUGAUACAAAGACGGUCACGCUUGUCGAGAUCGGUGGAAAUCGCGUCAUCCGCGGUGGAAACUGGCUGGCGAAUGGGCCGGUGGAUAUGAGUCGUGCCGAUGAGAUCAUGGCCAAGCUGCAGACAGCUGGAUUUGCGCACGUACCGGAGCCACAAGCGGAUAGUGCGCUUGUUGCUGGGUUCUCGAUGGAGCGCGAGGCGUACUCGCGCAUGUUUGGUCCUACGACGGGAGAUCUGGUGCGGCUUGGGUUGACGGAUUUGUGGAUUAAGGUUGAGAAGGACAUGACAACCUACGGGGAUGAAUGCUCUUUCGGUGGAGGCAAGACGCUGCGCGAGGGAAUGGGACAGGCGUCUGGUCUGUCUGAGUCCGAGUGUCUUGACACUGUUAUCACGAAUGCGUUGAUUAUCGAUUGGACUGGUAUCUACAAGGCUGAUAUUGGCAUCAAGGAUGGACUGAUUGCUGGUAUUGGCAAGGCCGGAAACCCGGAUGUCAUGGACGGUGUGCAUCCUGAUCUGGUGGUGGGCUCGUGUACGGAUGUCAUUGCUGGAGAGAACAAGAUUAUUACCGCUGGUGGUAUUGACACGCACAUCCACUUGAUCUGCCCGCAGCAGGCAGAGGAAGCUCUAGCCUCGGGAAUUACCACUUUCCUCGGCGGUGGCACCGGUCCCACCACUGGAUCAAACGCGACGACAUGUACACCGUCACCGAACCUCCUGCGCCAGAUGAUGCAAGCAUGCGACAGCCUACCGAUCAACUUAGGUAUCACAGGUAAGGGCAACGACUCCGGAAAGAAGAGUCUCAGAGAGCAGGUCCUAGCAGGAGCAGCAGGCCUCAAGCUUCACGAAGACUGGGGCUCCACCCCAGCAGCGAUUGACAACUGUUUGGAAGUCUGCGACGAAUACGAUGUGCAGUGUAUGAUCCACACGGACACUCUGAACGAAUCUGGCUUCGUUGAGCAGACCAUUGAAGCCUUUAAAGGCCGUACAAUCCAUACCUACCAUACCGAAGGCGCAGGCGGCGGUCACGCCCCAGACAUCAUCUCCGUGGUCGAACACCCCAACGUCCUCCCUAGCAGCACAAACCCAACCCGCCCCUUCACUCUCAACACCCUGGACGAGCACCUCGACAUGCUAAUGGUCUGCCACCACCUAUCAAAGAACAUUCCCGAGGACGUCGCCUUCGCGGAAAGCCGCAUCCGCGCCGAAACCAUCGCCGCCGAAGACGUCCUCCACGACCUCGGCGCCAUCAGCAUGAUGUCCUCCGACUCUCAAGCAAUGGGCCGAUGCGGCGAAGUAGUCCUCCGCACCUGGCACACAGCCCACAAGAACAAGACCCAGCGCGGACCUCUCGGCAGCGACGCUGACACCGGCGCAGACAACUUCCGCGUGAAGCGAUACAUCAGCAAGUACACGAUCAACCCCGCUCUCGCGCAGGGAAUGGCACACUUAAUCGGAUCUGUGGAGGUCGGCAAGGUCGCCGAUUUGGUGAUGUGGAAGGCAGCAUCGUUCGGCACGAAACCUGUAUCUGUUAUAAAGAGCGGUAUGAUCGUUACUGCAGAAGUUGGAGAUCCGAAUGCGUCGAUCCCGACUGUCGAGCCGAUGAUUAUGCGGCCAAUGUUUGCUGCCCGCGUCCCGGCUACGUCUAUUAUGUUUGUUUCGCAGGCUUCUAUUGAUGCGGGCAUUGUGCAGAAGUAUGGAUUGAAGAAGCGCAUUGAGGCCGUAAAGAAUUGUCGCUCUGUUGGGAAGAAGGAUAUGAAGUUUAAUGAUGCUAUGCCGAAGAUGAAGGUCGAUCCAGAGAGUUAUACUGUUGAGGCGGAUGGGAUGCUUUGUGAUGCAGAGCCGGCUUCCGAGUUGCCUUUGACGCAAGCGUAUUAUGUCUUUUGA